CGCCCGAGCCUUGAUUCACGUCCACUGGUGCGCUGGUUUUUUUUUUGGACUCGUGCGGCAACUGAUCAUCGGUACAAGCACGAGAUGUCUCCUUUACAUGCAACCAAAUAGCUAAUUCGGUUUUAUACACCCGGAAUCGCGAAGAACGGCGACUCCGCACCAUCCGGGAGCUUCAUCUGCUCCGACUGAAGUCAAUCCAGCCUGUUUGCUGUAUUCCACGGAUCAGCUCGGCGUCUGUAUUCAUGUUAUUUCGGGCAUUAUAUUGUUGAAUACAACAGACAAUCAUGGCGAGUGACUCUCCUGCGAGGAGUCUGGAUGAGAUCGACCUGUCUGCUCUGCGGGACCCUGCUGGCAUAUUCGAGCUGGUGGAGCUUGUGGGAAAUGGGACCUACGGACAAGUAUAUAAGGGACGUCAUGUCAAGACUGGCCAGCUUGCUGCAAUCAAGGUCAUGGAUGUCACAGGGGAUGAGGAGGAGGAGAUCAAAGCUGAGAUCAACAUGCUGAAAAAAUACUCCCACCAUCGAAACAUCGCCACCUACUAUGGUGCCUUCGUCAAGAAGAACCCACCCGGCGUGGAUGACCAGCUCUGGUUGGUGAUGGAGUUUUGUGGUGCUGGUUCAGUGACAGACCUGAUAAAGAACACCAAAGGAAACUCUCUGAAGGAGGAGUGGACGGCGUACAUCUGCAGAGAGAUCCUCAGGGGUCUGACCCACUUGCAUCAACACAAGGUCAUUCAUCGUGAUAUCAAAGGUCAGAACGUUUUGCUCACAGAAAAUGCGGAAGUCAAACUAGUUGAUUUUGGUGUGAGUGCACAGUUGGACCGUACCGUCGGUAGGAGGAACACUUUUAUUGGCACACCAUAUUGGAUGGCUCCAGAGGUCAUAGCCUGUGAUGAGAACCCAGACGCCACAUAUGACUUCAAGAGUGAUCUGUGGUCGCUGGGAAUUACAGCUAUUGAAAUGGCGGAAGGAGCCCCUCCGCUGUGCGAUAUGCAUCCCAUGCGAGCACUUUUCCUCAUACCCAGAAAUUCAGCUCCCCGUCUAAAGUCCAAAAAAUGGUCUAAAAAGUUCCAGUUAUUCAUUGAGAGCUGUUUGGUGAAGAAUCACAACCAGAGACCCAGUACUGAACAGCUCAUCAAGCAUCCCUUCAUCAAAGAUCUUCCCAACGAGAAACAGAUCCGAAUCCAGCUCAAAGACCACAUUGACCGGACCAAAAAGAAGAGAGGAGAGAAGGACGAGACUGAAUACGAGUACAGUGGAAGUGAAGAGGAGGAGGAAGAGCGAGACAUAGGAGAGCCGAGCUCCAUCAUAAACGUCCCGGGGGAAUCGACCCUGAGGCGGGACUUCCUGCGUCUGCAGUUGGCCAAUAAGGAGCGCUCCGAAGCCCUGAGGAGACAGCAGCUGGAACAGCAACAGAAUGAGGAGCACAAGCGCCAACUACUGGCAGAGAGGCAGAAACGCAUCGAGGAGCAGAAGGAGCAAAGGAGGAGACUAGAGGAGCAACAGCGACGGGAGAGAGAGCUCCGGAAACAGCAGGAGAGAGAGCAGAGGAGGCGUUAUGAGGAGAUGGAGCAGCUGCGGAGAGAGGAGGAGAGGAGGCAUGCUGAGAGGGAACAGGAAUAUAUCCGCCGGCAGUUAGAAGAAGAACAAAGGCAGCUGGAGAUUCUUCAACAGCAGCUUCUCCAAGAACAAGCUCUUCUCCUGGAAUACAAACGGAAGCAGAUAGAGGAGCAGCGGCAGGCUGAGAGGUUACAGCGGCAGCUGCAGCAGGAAAGGGCCUACCUGGUCUCACUGCAGCAACAGCAACAAGAGCCACGACCUGCAGACAAAAAACAACUAUACCACUACAAAGAAUCCGUUAACCCCAGUGACAAACCGGCCUGGGCCAAAGAGGUGAUGGAUAGAGCUCAGAGUAACUCUCCUCGAAUCCCUCCCAAGAAGCACCAUUCUUUUAACAGUCCUGGAGAAAAACGUGUUGGCCAACUCCUUCCUCUUGAAAAGAGCUCCUCUAAUCAGCCCACGAGGCCCCCCUCCUACCCAGCAGCCUCCCACCAGAAAGAAAUGGAGCUGGUCGAGCCUCCUCCCAGGAUAAUCAGUGGGCCAAAUGUUCCUAGAAUCCGUCUGUCUUGCGAGCCAGAUCCAUCCCAGCUGGCCAGGAUGGUCCAGCAGCAUCUUGAACAAGAUUUGCGGGCCCGCAGUCCCGGACACUCCAGCAAAGGGGCUGAAAACGAGAGAGACUUAAACGUCUCAAAGGUUGAGGAACGCUCCAAGCUGAACCGCCAGAGCUCUCCGGCUCUCCAGAACAAAGUGGCCAAUCGUAUUUCUGAUCCCUCCCUGCCUCCCCGCUCAGAGUCCUUCAGCAGUGGAGGCAUACAGCAGGCCCGGACGCCUCCCAUGCACCGCCCGGUAGAGCCUCAGAUGGCGCACCUGGUUUCUGUGAAGUCCCAUGGCUCUUCCAUGACAGGAUCCCAGUCGCUGCAUGAUCAGUCCUCUCAGGGCGUCUCAGCCUUCCAAGAGGGUAUGUCACCUCACCGACCUCCAAUGCCUCGGCAGAACUCUGACCCCACGUCAGAAACCCCGGCCCCACCACCUCGCAUCUCCAGCCGAGACGACAAGUUUGACCACAGCUCUUGGCUGAGACAGGAAAAUGAUGUCCCUCCAAAGGUGCCUCAAAGGACUACUUCCAUUUCCCCUGCGCUGGUGAGAAAAAAUUCUCCAGGGAAUGGACCAGGUGGACUGGGACCAAGAACCGGAGCACAUCUGAUUCGAGCCAGUAACCCAGACCUGCGGAUUCCCAUGGAGUCGGCUCUCCAGAUAGCCAGCAGUGGGAGUUCUUCCAGUUCUAGCACGCCCAGCUCUCAGGGCGGCUCCAGCGAGAGAAAUAGGGUGGGAGGCUCCGGUAAUCCUGAGGGAUCCCCAGCAGUGUCCCAAGAAUCCAAGACUAAAACCCAAGAGGAGAACAGGGAGGUGACCAGACCUAGCCGACCAGCGGACCUCACUGCUUUGGCCAAAGAACUCCGUGAGCUGCGACCCAAUGAGGAAAACAACCGGCCUCCCAGGAAAGUGACGGAUUAUUCCUCGUCCAGUGAGGAAUCAGACAGCAGUGAGGAGGAGGAUGGAGAAGGCGGUGCUCAUGAUGGAACCGUGCCAGUUAGUGAUAUUCCACGCAUUAUGCCUUCUGAUGUCCAGGGUGGCACUGACUCAUUGGUCAACCAGGAGGAUUCUCAUCCCAGUGAUCCAUUUGGCAAAAAUUCACAAGACAGCACCCUGAUGAUGCGGGAGACGUUUGGGGAAAGAAAGCUCGGUCAUGCCGAGAGCAAUGGUUUCCCUGGUAACUCCAAUCUGCCUGAUCUAGUGCAGCAAAGCCACUCGCCUGGCGAGGGCCCUGGGAGGCUUUCUAGUGGGCUGGACCUGGACUCUGUGGCUAAACAGUUUGGGAUGGGGAGCGGAUCCAAAGCCUCCUUCACUGCUUUCGUGGACCCACGAGUGUAUCAGACAGAGGACGACGAGGACAACCCUACCUCAGCUCAUUUUGCAGAUGAACUCCUACAACAGGAACAGGAACAAGCUCGCCUAAAUGAGGCUAGGAAAAUAUCUGUGGUUAAUGUCAAUCCCACCAAUAUCCGGCCACACAGCGACACACCGGAGAUCCGCAAAUACAAGAAGCGCUUCAACUCUGAGAUCCUGUGUGCGGCACUAUGGGGAGUGAAUCUGUUGGUGGGAACAGAAAAUGGACUGAUGUUACUAGAUCGCAGCGGACAGGGCAAAGUCUACAAUCUGAUCAACCGCAGGCGCUUUCAGCAGAUGGAAGUUCUGGAGGGACUCAAUGUCCUGGUGACCAUAUCAGGAAAAAAGAAUAAACUGAGGGUCUACUAUCUGUCAUGGCUUAGAAACAGGAUACUUCACAAUGACCCUGAGGUAGAAAAAAAACAAGGGUGGAUUACUGUUGGUGACCUGGAGGGUUGUGUCCAUUAUAAAGUCGUCAAAUAUGAGAGGAUUAAGUUCUUGGUGAUUGCAUUGAAGAAUGCAGUGGAGAUUUAUGCCUGGGCUCCCAAACCCUACCACAAAUUCAUGGCUUUCAAGUCUUUCACAGAUCUUCAGCACAAGCCUCUGCUCGUGGACCUGACAGUGGAGGAGGGUCAGAGGUUAAAGGUUAUCUACGGCUCCAGCGUUGGUUUUCAUGUGAUAGAUGUGGACACUGGGAAUCCGUACGAUAUCUACAUUCCGUCCCACAUUCAGGGCAGUGUUACCCCUCACGCCAUUGUGGUGCUUCCCAAGACUGACGGCAUGGAGAUGCUUCUGUGUUAUGAAGAUGAGGGAGUCUAUGUGAACACAUACGGCAGAAUCACUAAAGACGUGGUGCUCCAGUGGGGAGAGAUGCCCACCUCUGUUGCCUACAUCCACUCCAGCCAGAUCAUGGGCUGGGGAGAGAAAGCCAUUGAGAUCCGCUCCGUGGAAACGGGACACCUCGAUGGAGUUUUCAUGCACAAGCGAGCACAGCGACUGAAGUUCCUUUCGGAAAGAAACGAUAAAGUGUUCUUUGCCUCAGUCAGAUCAGGAGGCAGCAGCCAAGUUUUCUUCAUGACCUUGAACAGAAAUUCCAUGAUGAAUUGGUAAUUCAUCCCUGCCCUUCCCUGCAUUGUAUCUGUGGACCUUUUCUACUUUAUUGAAAAGUGUGAAAAACUGAAAGACAGGAAAAUCUAGGUGCGCUGGAUAAUCUGGCAAAAAGACCAAACCUUACUGGGACCUUGUCAAAAGAGUCAAUAGACGAACCCAAAAUCCUCACAUCCCUUCCACCAAAAAUGGGCGCCAGACGAGAAAAAACAGCGCUCUGCAUUCUUUUUUAUGGCUCUUUCAUUAACAUGCGUGGGGUUCUGGUGUUUUUGUCUUUAAAAAUCUGUAUCUAGAUUCUUCUGGAGGUCAAGACUGGAAAUAUGGGGAAUAAGGCCCACAGAGUAGAGUGAAUAUUUGUACUGUUAAGACACUUUUUGACAAUUUAUCACGGUUGCGCUGAACGUCAGUAAACCUCUCUUGUGGGAUGAAUCCACUGAGGCUGGUUCAUGUGAUCAACGCUUAUUCUUUUUUAUGUUUCAGCUUGGAAUGCACACAGAUGUUUGUGUCAUGUGGAUAUCACUCUAAUGUCUGACAUUUAAGACUUUUAUGAUACUUCGCCACAUUAUGUUGGAGCAGACACACACUUUUGGGCUGUCCACAGAAUGCCUUAAAUAUGAAUUCGCAAAGCUGCUCGUUUUAUUUUUUAAGUCCAUGAUAUAUCGAUGUUCAUGCAUAUUUCUGUAAGGAAAGGAAAAUGCUACUUUUUUGGAUGGAAAUUGAUGCCUGCUGAUAUGGACGUAUAAUGGAAAUAUAAAUGAUCCUGAAUAUUCAUACUGUGCAUUCCUAGUUUUAGCCCAAAGCUCUAUAGUAUUCACAUUUGGAGCCUGUGGUUUGGCACUGUUCUCCUUGUGCUCAGGGAGAUGGUGCUGUAGAUCUUUUUUCAUUCAUUUUCAUUGUCUUCACAAAUUAUGUUAUGGGUAUUUUGACAAUUAAAAGGAUAGUUCACUCUAAAAUUCAAAUUGUUUUCUUAUAUACUCACCCUCAUGUUGUUCCGAAACCGUAUGAUCUUCAUUCCUUCUUCUGACCAGAAGCUGUCAAGCUCCAAAACAGACAAAAAACAUCAUAAAAGUAGUCAAUGUGCACUGCACUAUAUUUCUAGUUUCUGAAGCCAUGCGAUGUUUUGUGUGAGGAUCAGGCUCAAAAAAGUUGUUGAAAAUCCUACUUGAUAAAUCUGGUCACAAAUAACUUAGACAAUAAGGUGAGUCAUUUUUUGCGUGAGUUAUUCCUUUAACUGUUUUUACCGGCCCUGUGAGAACAUGCAUUUCCACAUGGAUUUGACAAGAUUCAUUGGUUUUCUUUGAGGAUGCUGCAGAGAUUAUUCUUGAAUCACAGUGCUAAGAAAGCAUCUGAAUACUUCAACUGAUUGGUAAAUACUACAGAGCUUUCUAUUGAAACAUAAAAAAGGACGUUAAGAUUCUGUUUAGAGUAUCACUGAUUCUUUGUAAAAGUGUGUGUAUGUGAAUGAAUGAUAAAAUGUAAUGCUUUCCACCAACGAUACAAAAAAGUAGAUAUGUUACCGUUAACAUACCAGCAAUCUCAAUUGUUUUUCAUAUCAGGAGUAACGUGUUUUUAGGGUAAGAGUGUGCUGCAGUUUUGUAUCUUUUGUUUGUUUUCUCUUGACUUUCAGUAAAGUGCAAUAAAGGCAAAGGGAAUAGAGCCUGGUGAGUCGAUUGCUCACCUCUCCUUAAGAUGAAUCUUCAGCUGUUUCUAGAGGGACGUUCACUACCACCUUCUGUAAAUAUCCAGUCCUGCCUCCAAAUCUAAUGCAUAGGAACUGUGAGGAUGUGACCGAAUAAUGUAAGAUCCACCUCCUCCUCCUCUGUGUGAAUCACAUGAAUCAGUGAACGAAGGGUAGUGUUUCGUGAGUAGAGCUUCCUUUUAGGCUACCUCGUUUCUGUUCACCUGUUGGACCGGUUCAGUUUUCUGUGUGGGUAAUGAUUCUUGAUGCUGUAAAUCAAACCUUUGUAAGUGACACAAUGAGAGGUGUCGUUCCAUGUAGAUUCAGAGGUGAUUUGAGUGUAGAGUGCCAGAUAGAAAUAUUCCGAAAUGGAUGCUUUAAUAAAUAAAUAAAUAAAAAGUCUUGGUGCAGUGUCUUGUGCAACAGCCAAAUCAAGCCUGUCGAUUUCCUAUUUGGGUGAUUCUUCAAUUAGGGCAACUUUUUCAGUAUACCCAAGGAUGAUUUUAAAAGGAAAAUAUAUAAAAAAUAAAAAAAGUUUUUAAUCCAAUACUACUGUCAUCAACACCAUGCCAAGAAUCACAUUUUCUGAUUUUUACUUUAGAUUAUUGUGAAUUUUUUUUUUGUUUUUGUUUUUUUGACCAAGCACACAACUAUCACAUUAUUUCAAAUUCCACUUGAAAGUUUAAAAAAUAUCGUUUAUAUAUUGUAAUUUAUAUGAAACCGUUAAAUGCCAUUGCAUUUUUAGGAUUGCAUACAAUCAUAAAUGCCUUGAAGACCUUCCAGAUGAUGUGGCAUUUUAUUCAAAUAGGUGGAAUCAUGAAAUAACAGUCUUUUAUAUACUUUAAUAUAUUUUCUUUAUAGUUCUGUAAAGGCAACAGAGUGUGAAAUUCACUUGACACAGGAUCUUUUGAGGCUUCAUGUUUUUGUCCAUCUAACUGUGAACUGAGAGCGUGUGUGUGAAGUACUUUUUUGAUCUUCCCAUUCAUUUUAGCAACACAACUGUGAAGUCGGUUGAUUUCUUCAUCUCUCAUGCACCACCUUCAGAGGUGGAAAGACUUUUGAUGUGUGCUUGACAUGUUCUUUUUUAAUAUGGACAUUAACACCUUUAUAUUCAGGCCGAGUGAGUUGUUUAAUUUCUGUAUUUCUCUUAUUUUUCGUGUAUUAAACUUUGAGAUUUAUAGCUCAAUCGAUCAUUCUGGGUAUUGGCUGUAAUUUUUUUUUUUGUUCCAGUGUGUGUGUGAUUAAACAUAGCAUUUUUGUGCCCAUGAAACCACCAGUUAAAGACGUAAAACAGGCAUUUUGACACUAAAAUGAGAAAUGGUGAGGUUUCAGGAUUACAAUCUCUCUGUUAUAUCUGAAGCUGCAACUGGGCGCAUACACAAAAUAUGCAGGAUGUAGUCAUUUAUAAAUAGAUUUUUAAGGCUAUUAAACUAGAGAAUUGUUCUAAAUAGAACUUUAAAUGUAGCCUGGACUUUUAAGAGAUGGUGAUAUUAUCUAAUCUGUGCCUAGUCCAUGUAGUUGGUGUUAUAUUUUAUUGCUUACAAUUUAUUAAAUCAAACAACAAAGUCACUCAAGUCCCCUUUGUGUCAUCCAUGAAGGAGCUGAAUCUUCGAAACCGAAUAUUUAAUGGUCGCAAAACUUUUUACAAUCCAGUUUUCUGGACAUUUUAAUGAGUUUUAUUUAUCGUUUUGUACAGUGCUUUACCUAAUUGUAUUUCGAAAGCAGCAGUAUUAUUGCCGUUUCUUUUUUAAGGGAUUGUUUUCUUUGGAUGUAUUCUGGAUUAGUUUGACAGAACUAUGAAAUCUAUAUUAUAAUUUCAGAGAUGCUUUAAUAUUAGUUUUUAUUAUUAUAAAUUGUUGGUUUGUUGCCUUAUUUUAAUGCAGUAUUGCUCAGUCCUGAUAACUGAAAAAAUGUUUUUUUUAAUAUAGGGUUGUUUGAGGAUCUAUUCUAGUCUUUUUAAUCAAUAUUCAACAUGUUUAUGCAAAGAGGAAAAUCACAGAGAGAAGACUGCAUAUCAGAUGAUGGUAAAGCAGGUUGGUGGAUAAAUCUAGAAAAGUUAUUAGCAAUAAUAAGCAUUACUGAUUUUGUCAGUCUUCAUGUUAGACCCUUUUCUACUUUGACUGAAAUUCUAGUUUUUGAUCUUAUUCAGAUAAUGGUUUCUGAAUGAGAUGAAUGUGAAAUGGAUAAAUGGAAAUAUUUCAGAUUUUGGAAACUCGUCCAUUGUGUUCACUUGUCACCUAAAACAGACAAUUUAUUUGCUUUUUU